UUCGUACUGCGACGUCCUCGUGUUUUCAGCCUAGUCGUCCUCAACGACUUCGUAUCUCAUCCUUUUCUUUUCUUUAUCAUCAGCUAUUGAUUUCUACUUUCUCUUAGGUCGCUGUACUUUACAGAUAAACUAAUCCAAGCAACCUUCCGAUUCACACCAAUCGCACAUGAACCGCAUACUGGCUGACCCAGCGCUCGAAGCGCAGCCGAACUUCGAGUUCCCAGCUUACGCGGCUUGGCUCAAUGCUAUCGUUGCAGGAGGACCUACCAGAGAGGCGGCCCUGGAGCAAAUGGCAGAGAGUUGGAGGCUGGAGCGCCAAGAACGCAUCGUUCUAUGGCAGCAGCAAUCUGAAGAAGAUCUUCGAGUCCAGCAAGAGCAAGAAGAUCAAGAACGCAUUGCGAAAGAAGCCGAAGCGGCUGAAGAACAGCGAGAAGCAGAGAAGAAGAAGCCCAAGAUCAACAACUUCGAUGCCGAAGCCGUCGUGGCAGACGUUCUUAUUCCUCGCCCUUCGCAGUAUGCACUGCAGAAGAUCAAAAGCAUGGAAUAUGUCGAGCUGUGGUACUUCAGUCCAGAAGGGUGCCGGGAAGCUUUAGACAGUUGCAGGUCCACGGCGGAGGACUCCUUUGGCCUGGCAAAGGUUGAUGGGUACGUCGCGUUCAAGCCGAUGGCAUCAUUCAAGGCUUCGCAGAAAGCGCUACAAGACCAUGACCUAUCUUGGCGUCAAUUCGACAUGGCAAAAACGAGCUUCUUGAUCCAUAUCGACAAAUGCGGCUGGCCAGACAAGCACCAGCAAGCCUUAGCGCUCUUCUUCACUCUCAUUACCAACCACGAGCACCGAAUGCGAACUCGUGGCGAGAAGACUUUACUUCGUUACGCCACAUACUACAGUGACAUAUCUCCGUAUAAUACGAGGGAACGGACGUGCAUAAUAUCCCGUAUGAUACGGGCCAGCGGACCAUGGGCCCAUGAUAAAAAUAUUCUCGACUAUGACGGAUGGGCCGGGAGGCAAAUUAUUCCCGAUGGAGGCGGGUGGGCCCAUGCAGGGAAUAUAUAG